AUGUUGCAGAAACAAUUAAAUAACUACAUAUAUGAGGAAAGAAACAUCGGAGGAGGGUAAUUCAGUGAAGUGUUUUUGGGAUUUGAAAUAUAUACUAAGGAGAAAGUAGCUAUCAAACAAAUCGACUGUUCACGAAUGCGAGAUUAAGUAAUGAUGCAGAUGAUGAAAAACGAGAUUGGGAUUCUUAAAAUAGUACCCAAGUAAUAAAACAUUCUGAAAUUUUAUGAUGUAUUUCAAAAUAAUUAACUUGUUUACAUAAUUACUGAGUAUUGCAAUCAAGGCGACUUAUAAUAGUUUAUUCGGAAGCAUCAAAUUACUGAAGAUUUAGCAAUUGAUUUAAUCACUCAUGUAUUGAAUGGACUUUAGCAUUGCAAGAAUAAUUAUAUAAUUCAUAGGGACAUUAAACCCGCAAAUAUAUUUAUGAGCAAUGGAAUUCCAAAAUUGGCAGAUUUUGGAUUUGCAUUAUGUAAAAAUGUUUAAAAUGGAGUUGAAAUACAAAAUUAUAAUGUAGGCACUCCUAUGUACAUGGCUCCAGAAACUCUGUUGAAUAAUCACUACAGUUUUAAGAGUGAUUUAUGGUCAGCUGGAGUAGUUUUGUAUGAAAUGGUAUUUGGAUAAUAGCCAUUUAGAUCGCAAACAGAGCCAGAACUAGUUUAAAAACUUAGAGUUUAUUAAUAGAAUGGAUUACUUUAUUAUCCAUUCUAAUGUUCUCGCUUUUUGGAUAUUCUGAUAUAGAAUAUGCUUCAAUGCGAUAAAUAAUUGAGAUGGUCAGUUGAAUAAUGUUUGGAUUAUUUGAGGCAGAGACCAUAACAAAGAAUGGUUACAAGCUAAAAAUAUAUUCCUCAAUAAUCACAACAUGUACGAAGUGUUACUCCAAUUUAAAUAGUUUAAUAAUAAUAAUAAUAAUAAUAAUAACCACAACAAUAAUAAUAAUAAUAGAAAUCAAUAUUACCCAUUUAAUAUUAACAACAAUUCAAAAUUCAAUAAUAUCCAAUCUAAGUUAAUACCAGUCAACAAUUAUCUCAACUUCCUAUGCAGAAACAAAUGAUUCCAUAACAAUAAUAUUUGCAUUUUUCAAAUCCCUCUCCCCAUUCCAGCAGAGAAAAUCAGCAACCAUUGAAUGCAAUAAAGAAAACUCAAGAAUCCUCUUAUUUACCAAUGAGAUUCCCAUCAGUUUAAAGAGAGAGAAAUACAACAUUAUAAGAUGAUUCACAACGUAGUAAUGUAGAACCUAAUUAACAAAAUCAAUAUAGUUAACAGUUUGGCAAUUUAAUGUAUAAAAUUGCUAAGCUCUUCAUCAAUACUUAAUAUUUUGAAUAAUUCAGUUUAGGUAAAAUGUAUACAAGAUCCGAAUGUAUGUUUUUGCAACUCAAAAUCUAAUUCUGCCUAUUGCAAUGUUGCAUCCAAAUAUUUUCACACUCUAAUCCUUGCUUACCUGAAUGUUAAGUCAAAUUAUUUAAUGUACGAUAAACAAUACUCUAAAUGCCAGAUUAAUAUAAAGAGGAUCCUAGAUUUAUGUCAUUAUUUAAUAACAAUUGGGUUUUGGAGAACAUUUUCGAAUAAAUGAGAGAAUAUAACUAUGCAGCUAUACAUUUAAUUAAUGAUUACUUGAAUAAAGAUUGCAGCAAUCCCUAGUUGAUUAUUAUCCUAGAUUAUUUGGUGAUUCUGCAAUAGCUUUUAAAACGCUUUGUUGCAUGUAAUACAUGGUUGGAAUUUGAUAAGAGAAACAAUAUUGCAGCUAUUGUACAGGCGCCUAUUAAUCCAAAUCCAAAUUAGCAUUAAUGGAUAAAAAUAAGUAAUAUAAUCCAGAGAGAUAUUGUUAAAUGAAGCAAAAUUUUUUUGUUC